AUGAAACGAACGAAAGUCGCAAGUACCGGAUGGCAACGAUUUGGCCGUCAAAUCCUGCAGAUUAGCUUUCGAACCCAUCUACUGAUCUCCGCUUUACUUCGCCUUGUUCUGAUCUGCUACGGACAAAUACACGACAGUAAGUCUGCGGUGCCGUACACGGAUAUCGACUAUAAAGUGGUCACAGAUGGAGCUCGUCAAGUGCUGGCAGGAGAUACUCCGUUUGCCAGGCACACCUAUCGUUACAGCCCUAUAAUGGCAUACCUUCAGACACUAAACAUAUUGGUACACCCGGCAUGCGGAAAACUACUUUACGCAACGUUCGAUCUACUCAUUGCCACUCUUAUAUAUCAUCUGGUGCACAUGGAGAUCAAGAGUCAGUACCAAAAGACUGUGCAGCAUCUGCUCAGCAAGUUCAACAGGCCCCAGGAACCAGACCAAUCCCUCGAUGCGUUGGACGAACGCAGUCAUCCGGAAAACAUAGCUCGCGCCUCCGCAUGCUGUUGGCUCUAUAAUCCGCUGACGGCAGUUAUAUCCACCCGUGGCAGCGGCGACUGCUUUUCGAGUUUCUUUGUGAUCUUGACCAUAUAUCUGCUGAUAAGGUCGGAGCACAAAUCGUCGCACAAGCAUUGGCUCAUCUUUGCCGCUGGACUAGCGCACGGGUUUGUGAUCCAUUUACGCCUAUACCCGUUGCUAUUCAGUCUGGCCUACUAUCUGUCUUUGUCAUCACGUCUAACGCGAACGCCUUUGGACUUUCUACUCCAAGUACUGCGCCCCAACAAGCAACAGCUCUGCCUGGUCCUAGGCACACUUCUCAGUCUUGUGGCCUUCACGUGGACUUUCUAUUCGCUCUAUGGCUGGCAAUACAUCUACGAAGCCUACCUCUACCACUUAGUACGCAAGGACUCGCGUCACAACUUCUCACUGCAGUUCCUGCUACAAUAUCUGGGCAGCGCGACGGCAGUUGGGGAGCCUGCGUUGCUGACGAAGCUCCUGGUUGUGGCGCCACAGUUUUGUCUCAUUCUCUACCUAAGCCUCAGCUUUGGCCAGUUUCGUCAGACGCUGCCAUUUUGCAUCUUCACCGUGGCCUUUGUAAUUGUUACCUACAACUCCGUGGUGACCUCACAAUACUUCAUCUGGUACUUGGCGAUCCUGCCCCUGUGCCUGAACAACUUCAAACUCCUGUCGUGGAGCCGAUCAAUAUUCCUGUUGGUACUUUGGCUGUUGGCCCAGGCGCUGUGGCUGCUACCCGCGUAUCUGCUGGAGUUCAAAACGUGGAACAGCUUCAACUGGAUUGGACUGCACAGCGCGGUGUUUUUUGUAACAAACGGAUACAUACUAGAACAGCUCUUGAGCCACUAUGGAUUCACACAAUUUAAGAUUAGUUAUAGGAAGUUACUUUAAUCAAGAAACUGUCCAUACUACAAGUAUGUUUAAAGAAGAGUUUUAUUAAAUACAUAUGUAGAAGACGA